GUCUUCCGUAUUCACUGUCGAGGUGCUGCCAGCGUGGUUGUUGAUAUUGUGUUCUUGUAGUAACGGUGCCGUGUUGUUGUUCCAUUCAGUAACGAUUAUGCGCCACUACGAGGCAUAAUAAAUAAACUAUUGGUAGAGAAAACCUUUUUUUCUAACAUAGCGGGAAUGGCAUCUCCAAAAUGUAACCCUCUGACGCCUCUCUUCCAAGAGCUGCACAGGCAUAUUCAGAAUAGUGAACUUGAGAAAGCUCAGAAAAUUGCCAACAAGAUACUCACCCAUCCAAAUGGAGGAUACACUAACCAGAAAGCGAUUCAAUGUAAACUCGUCUGCCUGAUACAACUCUCGAAAUUCCAGGAAGCCUUCGAUUUCAUUCUGAGAAAUGAGGAAAACCUCACUAUUGACGUUUCUUUUGAACGAGCAUAUUGCCUCUAUCGGUUGAAUAGGACGGAAGAGGCUUUAGCUGCUUUGGGUCCCGCAGCUGAAGAUGACUUUCGGGCCAAGGAACUCCGCGGGCAAAUUCUUUACCGCUUGGAAAAAUACCGCGACAGCUACAACUUAUACAGAGAUCUCGUGAAGAAUUCAGGUGAUGACUAUGACGAAGAGCGGCAAACGAAUCUGGCCGCUUGUGUAGCUGCGCUCACGUUCGAAGAAGGCGUUAGACCGGAUAAAGGUGAUACAAUUCUUAAUGAAGAAACAUACGAACUGAUGUACAAUAAGGCAACGACGCUUACUGCUCAAGGAGAAUACCAGAAAGCGUUGAUGCUGCUAAAAAAAUCUGAAGAUAUGUGUCGUGAAACCUUGACUGAAGAAGGAUCCAAUGAGGAGGAAAUUAAUGACGAAGUAUCAAUCGUUUUGGCACAGAUUGGAUAUGUGAAUCAGAAGAUGGGAAUUCCCGAAGCUGCAUCCAAAUAUUACAAUCAGGUGUUGCGUAACAAGCCGUCUGAUGUGGCCGUUGUUGCCGUUGCCUCGAACAAUAUUAUCUCGCUUAAUAGGGAGCAAAAUAUAUUCGAUUCGAAAAAGAAGGUCAAAGCAUGUAUUGCCGAAAGAGUUGACGCAAAGCUAACGUCGCGUCAGAAGAAGAGCAUCGCCCUCAAUAAUGUGCUGUUAAACUAUUAUGGGCAUUCAUCAUCUGAGCUGUGUUGGCGUCUUAUGCGUCAGCUGGAAGCGCUCUCUGAACCGGAUCAACCUGGCAUAGUUCUGCUUAAGGCUGCAUUGUUCGUUAGGGAUCGGCAAAAUGCUAAGGCGUGUCAGGUUCUAUCGGAGUUCGGUACCGCCCACCCCUCGCAGAGUCUUGCUACGAGCUUGGCCUGUGCACAGAUCUAUUUUUCAAACAAACAACUGGACAAGGCAAUGCAAGUGUUGGAGAGCCUAGGCGAUGCUAGUUACACUGCUGGAAUACUUGGGGUUCUUAUUUCUCUCUGCAGGAGCCUCAACAACGAUGAACAGGCAGCUCAGAUCUUCAAGAGGGCCAUAGCGUUCCAUAAAAAAAGAAAUCCUUCAUCGGAACUGCUUCAGUCACUGAUCCGUAAAUCGGCGCAGUACUUCCUUCGUCUUGGAAAACAACAAGAAGCCGCUGCUCUUCUUCAAGAACAACGAAAAGUAGAUCCUCACAAUGCGAAACUUUUAGCGCAGCUCGUAGCUGCGUACGCCACUUUCGAUCCUGCAAAAGCUCGAGAAGUCGCCAAAGACCUUCCAGCCGUGGACGAAAUUGUGACUCAGGUAGAUGUCGCUUCCCUAGAGGCGACUAAUUGGGUGAUGGGAACACGUCACGUAAAGCGUGUCGUCGGCUCGCCUUCCGCGCGAUCGCCGCCUGACAACCAGACCGCAACGGGAACAGCUGCCAUACCGGGUGCUGGUGACCGAAGGAAGGUCCCUGCUAAAAAGAAGAAAAAAACCAAACUGCCAAAGAAUUACGAUCCGAAUAUCGUUCCUGAUCCCGAACGCUGGCUACCAAGAUGGGAACGUUCAACCUUUAAGAAGCGCGGCCGAAGGGCGAGGGAAGCAGCGAUUGGAAAGGGAUCUCAAGGCGCUGUCGGUAACGUAGCCGAGUUGGAUGCAAGCAAUAGGCCCACUGCUGCUGUUCAGCAGUCAGCGCAGCCAUCGCCUGGGGUCGGGCCAAGACAACAGCGGCCUAAGGCGCAGCAGAAGAAAAAAAAGAUCGGUGGAAAGAAAGGCAAAGGCGGUUGGUAAACACAGACCGAAAUAGGCCGACAGACUGAUGAAUAUUGCUAUUGCGAUGAAAUCAUAAGUGAUGAUCAGCUUCUUAUCUGUAUUAUGAUGUUGGACUACAAACAAAAGGCGUUUUUUUCCCAUAAACUGCUCGACCAACUUUCGC